GUGGUCUCCGACUCAACCACUAUCUGCCUCGAGAACGAUGCUGUUUCCUCCGAGUAACACGACAACACUGUAAAUGAAUUUUAGAAAGCUACUUUAAUAGCAUGGACUAACGGAAUGUACAAUAUUAACUGCUGUUUAUGGAUUGCAAUUUUUUUUUUACUCUUUCGAGAGAUGAGGCACUUACACUUCUCAUAGGCUGUCCGAGAGGAGAGUGUUUGCAGAAGCGUUCCCGACGGGACGGGUUCGUUUUCAUAACCAAUUAGCGUUAGCGACAAAUCAAAUUAUUAUCACAACGACAGCAGAAUUUACAGAAGGCAUUAACUAUAGUCGGUAUAUACAACUAUUUUCGGUGUGCAUUUUACUGCUUAAGAAAAAUUUCUUUGCACGUAGAGUAGCCUACGUGGGAUGCGCGGUAUAGGUUAGUGAUGGAGUGAGUAGAGAAAGCGAACCUGGGUCGGAUUUUUUAUCUCCUAACUUGUACAUGAUGAAAUCGCUCUUUUUCAGUCGCUUUUUCAUUCUUUUGCCCUGGGUUCUUAUCGUCAUAAUCAUGAUUGAUAUCGACACUAAACGGACGUCAGUACGGGGUCCUGCCCUUGGUCGGCCGGAGAGCGCACAACGGCAUGCUCGAACCAGCCAGCAUCGGGGCAAUCGCUCCGCUCUGCCGGUAAUCUACGCAGUCACCCCAACCUACAACCGUCCGGUCCAAAAGGCAGAACUCACCCGGCUCGCCAACACCUUUCGCCAGGUCCCUAGCUUUCACUGGAUAGUGGUGGAAGACUCAAACAUACGCACGGAGUUGGUGGCGCGCUUCCUCGCCCGUUCGGGAGUGCCAUACACACACUUGCACAUCUUAACCCCACGCCGGUUUAAACGGCCUGGGAUGCCUCGCGCCACCGAGCAGAGGAACGCAGCUCUGACUUGGCUGCGUCAACACCGUUCAAGAAAGGAUCCAGGAGUGGUGUUCUUCGCGGACGAUGACAACACGUACAGCCUGGAACUGUUCGAAGAGAUGCGAAGGACUCGAGGGGUGUCGGUGUGGCCCGUGGGGCUGGUGGGUGGACGUCGCUAUGAGCGCCCCCUGGUGUUCAUGGGUAAAGUUGUGGGCUGGUACACAGGCUGGAGGCCAGACCGUCCCUUCGCCAUCGACAUGGCAGGCUUCGCCGUGAAUCUCCAGGUGGUCCUGGAGAACCCGAAGGCGUUGUUCAAGCGCAGGGGUUCCCAACCCGGCAUGCAGGAGUCAGACUUCCUGAAGCAGAUCACCAAGGUGGCUGAAUUGGAGCCUCGAGCCAAUAACUGCACCAGGGUUCUGGUGUGGCACACACGCACAGAAAAGGUCAACCUGGGCAACGAGCCCAAACAUCGACAGGACACAGUGGUCAUCGAGGUUUGAGGACCGGGACACUAGCCAAGCGCUCCCAGACCGCGGGGUGAACAGUUGGGGAGAGGAAGUAGGAAGCAGUGUUACAUCAAGGUCAAGGGGCAGGGCAGACCGCAAGCCCACAGGAUUUACUCUACUGAAGCCAUCAUGUUUACUCAUUGGUUGGACAUGGCUGACUUUUGAUGGACAGGACUUUGGACCAACCGCAUGAUGAAUUGAAAUGCAGAACUUGCCUGAUUGGCUCUCCACAAGCUAGUAAAAAUGGUGCUGCCGAUUUACUCUGACGGACUCCGAGGAUUUGAAAGGCACUGGACGUUGAAGCAGAGAGCAGCUUGUUCCCUGAAUAUGUGGGCCUGACAAUCUCUGGGGAUACGGAAGGUAGAACAGGAAUCUGUGCCAGUUUCUGAGUAAAAAAAAUAAAAGCAUGUCAUAUGGGCUCUACGGACUAAAAUAACAAGACCUCAAUGUAUUUGUUUGU